AUGACAGUUGCGGUUUCGAUCGGCUUACUGUUGUGCCAGUGGUUUGGCCCGGGUGAAGGGUUAAUCCCCAGUGAACUUUAUCCGGCGGGCUGGCCCGCCCGUCAAUAUCCCACGGUGCUCCACAAGGCGAUUGUGGAUGGCGUUUCCAGUAAUGAAAUACCCGAUGGCCUGAUGAUCGCCCAUGACACUUUGACGACAGCCUUUGGUGUCCUACUGGCCAGUUCCAAUGGCUCCACGGCGGACGAGAUAGCAGAGGCCAUGACGGUGCUCUCCAAAGUGACGGGGAUCGCGAAUACAGAACUAAGUCAUCUAAAACCUGUUUCCGAUAAGUUCAAGGAGUCCAGCUAUACAGGUGUUUAUGUACCGCCCCAACUCUAUAUAAGGGCGGACUAUGCGGACAAGAUUCGGGACAUGGGCGUGGAUCUGGUGCCUUCGCUCCCCAACAGCACAAUAGAAAGUCUAUCGGAUAAGCUGUCGACCAUUAGCAACGAUCUGAAAGACACCACAUCUUCCGACGAUCUACCUUAUAUCCUGGACCGGCAGCCCGAAGUCUUCGUUGUGACAGCCGCAUCCUUUAAAGCUGUGUGGGCGGAUGCAGAUUUCCACAACGAGAACCGUCGGAUGAGAGAGUUCAAUGUGGACGAGCGACGACGCACCUUUGUGGACACACUGUACAGCCUGCCAAAGCAACGACAUAUAGCCCAUCUCCAUAAGCUAAGAGCCACCAUGCUACUCCUUCCAUUGAAGUAUAGUCGGGUGAAGUUCAUGGUCAUAUUGCCGGAUCGUAUCAAUGGACUGCAUCAAAUGGAAAAGGAACUGGAAUUUGUGGAUCUGCGCAGCUUGCUCGGUGUUAAAAUGGACCAUGGCAGGUAUGAUGUUCGGCUGCCCGUGAUGAAUAUCGUUACCAACAUUGAGCUGGCCGACAAUCUGGGCUUUCUGGGCAUCCGAAAGGUUUUCAAUCCCAAACAAGCCGAUCUCAGUCGGAUCACAGGUCAAAAGCAACGCCUUCGGGUGCGCCGAUUUCCACAUCUGACCCAUUUCGAACUGAACGAGCAGGGGAUUAAUUUUCGGAACUUUGAAAUACAAACUCGAGUUCGACAUGAUGGUGAGACCCAUAACCACUUUUAUGCUUCACAUCCAUUCUUUUUCGCUUUGGUGGACGAGUACAAGGUCUAUGCAACUGGUCGAUAUGGCCAGUUAACUGUUGACCCAGAUGAUAUUAAAGGUAAAGGCAUGAGAUCCAGCUCAUGAGAUAUUGUGCUGGGACUUGGAGGAAACUGGGUAUAGUCACAUAAAAGCAUGAUGAAAAGCGAUCAACCGCAAACUUUAACUUAUAUCCAUAAGUUAGGAUUCAUUUGAGACGUUGUGGUACUGACCUAUGACUGAGCAGUUUUUCGUCACGGAGUUUGGAUAAAAUUACUACUAACUUUUUAGAAAAUUUAAAACGCAUGUGUCUUUUUCUAAGUAUCAGUUUUAUUUAUUAAGAAGUACCUGCUUAAACAUAAAGGGCUUUUAAAUAUAUUUAGCAUUUUUCGGCCUUAAAAUUUCUUGAAGAAA